AUGUCUGGACGUGGUAAAGGUGGCAAAGGAGGAAAGAGUGGUGCAAAACGAUUUCGAAAGAUAUUAAUUGACAAUAUACAAGGAAUUACUAAGCCAGCAAUAAGAAGACUAUGUCGAAGAGGGGGUGUUCGAAGAAUUUCUGGAAAAAUUUACGAGGAGACACGUUCUGUCCUUAAGAUUUUUAUUGAGCAAACUGUUCGUGAUUGUAUUUCCUAUACUGAACAUGCCAAAAGAAAAACUGUUAUCGCAAUGGACGUUGUUAAUGCCUUGAAACGUCAAGGUAGGACAAUUUACGGAUUUGGUGGAUAAAUUAUACAUAAUUUUUUUAAUAAAAUACAUUGAUAUUC